AUGGCAACAUGUGAUCUCCACACGGAUCGGUGGUUGACGGCCCAGGCGGUUUGGGAGCUGGUGGCCUGGCAGGAGGUGAGCGAUGAAAAGGUCGAGUCGGCAGUGGCAUUGCUUCGCGAUUGGCUGGUGCAGGGUGCACAGGGCGACCGCCGGGAUGGAGUUGCUGUCGAGUUGCUUGGAGCGCUGCCACUGCUCCGGCUUUCCGCUCCACAGGAGCUGCUGGCGCCACCGGUUCCUGCGCAUGCCCUGGCCAUCCUGAACCUGCAAAAGAUUCAGAAAGUUCAGGAGCGGAUGGCGGAGCUGGAGGCCGAGAACCGUCAGUUGCGCAUGGAGCUUCGUCGCGUUCGAAGCGGUCAAGACACAAGCGGCUGA